AUGGUACUUAACAAGAUCCCAGAAGAACUUGAUGAUCUCCAGACAUUGCUUAUCUAUUUAGAGCAAGACUUGGACGUGGAUCUAGAUAAUGAAAAUCUUAAAGUAAAAUUUGUUAAUGGCCUGUCAUUAGAGAAUGGACAAAAUUCUAUAAUGUUAAAAUUUAUUCGUAAUAAAGUUCAAGAAAAAAGACUUCAAGAACUUGAAAAAACUUUCGAUAGAAAAGUUCCUGAAGAUAUCGCUACGAAUCCAGACGUUGUCAAUCUCAUUUUAAAAUAUCUAAAAGAUAAAGAAAAUGACGAAAUGCUGGCACUCAUAUUUAUCUGGAAUAACGCGGGAUUCAAUGAUACAAUGGUACCAAAUUGUCGUAAUGGUGUCACGGGGCAGACACAAGCAACUAUAAUCGCAAAUCUAGUCACAAAUGGAGCGAUAAAUUAUAUGAAUAUGAAUACAUUAUUUAUUUUUCAGAAAGGUGAAGCAAUCAGUAAUUGGUCCAACAACGUGGAGACAAACUUAUCUUGGGCAAGAAAACAAGCUGGGGUUCCCAAUAUUUGUCAUCAACUCAUAAGAAUAGGUAAGAUUUCGGUGCACACGGCAAAUGCAGAUGUCGAGGAUUAUUUACAUGUUUUAAAAUGA